UGUGUACCCUGUGCUUGUUCUUGACACCUGCAUGAGAUGGCUCACCUGCAACAGCUCUCAGAUGGAUACUGUCACCACCCACGGGCAAGCGACUGCUACACAGAGAUCCCGACUUUCUCUUGAGAGCCCUGACUUGUGUGCCAUGGAAAGGUGCCCCCUGCAAACUUAACGGACCAUGGCCCUGUUAGCAGGGGCUCCUGUGCCUUGACUGAGUGAGGAGAGAAGCUGCAAGGCUGAGUAUGGACCAGCAAGGGGUGCCACCACCCGCUCCUGCAGAAAAUGAAGUGAAAUAUGAUACCAAUAACAACGAGGAGGAGGAGGAGGGAGAGCCAUUUGACUUUGAUAGUGGAGAUGAGGUUCCGGAAGCAGAUCGGCAAGCCCCAUCUGCUCCCAUGGAGAGAGGUGCUGAAGCAGGUGACGGUGACAUAGGUGAAGCCACUUUGCCUGCAGGAGGUGGAAAUGGAAUGGGAACAGAAACCACUGUAGAAACCACUGCAGUGGCUGAACCUGCCAAGCUGUUAGUCCCAACAAAAGUGAACCCAUAUUCUGUCAUCGACAUCACACCAUUCCAAGAGGACCAGCCGCCUUCCCCAGACACAAACAUGGAAGAAGAAGGAGUGAGCCUGCGUGUGCCCAGCGGGUACUCGGUGCCUGUGCCUUGUGGCUACGCUGUCCCCUCCAACUUGCCCCUGCUGCUGCCUGCCUACUCCAGCCCCGUUAUCAUCCGUGCUGAGUCGGUGGAGGAGGAAGAAACACCAGAAGUUGUGGAAGAUGGCCCACUUAAUUCUUUAAGCUCCGAGGACCCUCCACCCAGUGGUGAUCAAAGCAACCGAGAAGGGAGUGCCCUGGCCAGAUGGGCAGCCGACCCUGCUAACACUGCAUGGAUGGAAAAUCCAGAGGAAGCAAUCUAUGAUGAUGUUCCAAGGGAAAAUUCGGACUCUGAACCAGAUGAAAUGAUUUAUGAUGAUGUGGAGAAUGGAGAUGAAGGUGGAAACAGCUCAUUGGAAUAUGGAUGGAGUUCCAGUGAGUUUGAAAGCUAUGAGGAGCAAAGCGACUCAGAGUGCAAGAAUGGAAUCCCCAGGUCCUUCCUGCGUGGCAGCCACAAAAAACAACUGUCUCAUGACCUAACCCGCUUAAAGGCGCACUGUGAGGAAAAGAUGAGAGGCCUGGUGGCCAGCACGGUGGGAGCCGUGGAGGUGCAGCAGGCAAAGCACAGGCAGGAGCGGAAGAUGCAGAAGCUCAUGAAGGCAGCCAAGGAGGGCACCAAAGAUGGGCUUGAAAAGACCAAAGCUGCUGUGAAGAGAGGCCGCUCAUUCAUUAGGACCAAGUCUUUUAUUUCUCAAGACCAUAGGUCUUGUUUUGAAGAAGAGCAGAAUUUGUUCAUAGAUGUGGACUGCAAGCACCCAGAGGCCGUCCUAACACCAAUGCCCGAAGGCUUGUCUCAGCAGCAGGUUGUAAGAAGAUACAUUCUGGGUUCCAUUGUUGAAAGUGAAAAGAACUAUGUAGAUGCUCUUAAAAGGAUUUUGGAGCAGUAUGAGAAGCCUCUGUCUGAGAUGGAGCCCCGGCUUCUGAGUGAGAGGAAGCUCCGCAUGGUCUUCUACCGCAUCAAGGAGAUCCUGCAGUGCCACUCCCUGUUCCAGAUUGCGCUGGCCAGCCGCGUGUCCGAGUGGGACACUGUGGAAACAAUUGGUGAUGUCUUUGUGGCUUCGUUUUCCAAGUCCAUGGUGCUGGAUGCUUACAGCGAGUAUGUGAACAAUUUCAGCACAGCUGUUGCAGUCCUCAAGAAAACAUGCGCCACAAAGCCAGCUUUCCUUGACUUUUUAAAGCAGAGCCAGGAGUCCAGUCCAGACCGAGUCACGCUCCACAGCCUGAUGAUGAGGCCCAUCCAGAGGUUCCCGCAGUUCAUCCUCCUACUUCAGGACAUGCUGAAGAACACCGCCAGAGGACAUCCUGACAGACUGCCUCUUCAGAUGGCACUGACAGAGCUCGAGACGUUGGCCGAGAAACUAAACGAAAGAAAAAGAGAUGCUGACCAACGAUGUGAAAUCAAACAGAUAGCAAAAGCCAUAAAUGAGCGAUACCUGAACAAGCUACUCAGCAGUGGAAAUCGGUACCUCAUCCGAUCUGAUGAUGUGAUUGAAACAGUUUACAAUGACAAAGGAGAAAUCAUCAAGACCAAAGAACGCCGGCUGUUCAUGCUGAAUGACGUGCUGAUGUGUGCCACGGCCAGCCCCCGCGCCUCACAUGAAAGCCACGUGGUGACAAGCCAGAGGUACUUGCUCAAGUGGAGCGUCCCUCUAGGACACGUGGACGUGAUCGAGUAUGGCAGCAGUCCAGGUGCAGGGGAGCAUGGCAGGCACCCCACCACACACUCACCGGAAAGUUUGGCAGUGGUGGCUAACGUGAAGCCAUACAAAGUUUACAUGGGGCCAGGACAGCUAUACCAGGAUCUGCAGAACCUGCUGCAUGACCUGAAUGUGGUCGGUCAGAUUGCUCAGCUGAUAGGAAACCUCCGAGGGAACUAUCAGAACUUAAACCAGUCAGUAGCCCAUGAAUGGACAUCAGGCCUACAACGACUAAUUUUGAAGAAAGAAGAAGAAAUCAGAGCUGCUGACCGCUGCAGGAUUCAGUUGCAGCUCCCAGGGAAGCAGGACAAGUCAGGGAGGCCCACCUUCUUCUCAGCGGUGUUUAAUACAUUUACACCUGCCAUCAAGGAGUCUUGGGUUAGCAGCCUGCAGAUGGCUAAGCUGGCCCUUGAGGAGGAGAACCACCUGGGCUGGUUCUGUGUGGAUGAUGAUGGCAACCAAGCCAAGAAGGAAAUGCAUCCUCUUCUGGUGGGACACAUGCCCGUGAUGGUAGCCAGGCAGCCAGAGUUCAAGAUCGAAUGUGCAGCUUAUAACCCUGAGCCUUACCUAAGUAAUGAGAGUCAGCCAGAUUCACUUUCCACUGCCCGCGGCUUCCUGUGGAUCGGAAGUUGUAGCAGUCAGAUGGGUCAGAUCGCCAUUGUCUCCUUCCAAAGUUCCAACCCCAAAGUCAUUGAGUGCUUCAAUGUGGAGUCCCGCAUCCUGUGCAUGGCGUACAUUCCCGCAGAAGAACAGCAGCCCCGAGAACCCAGUGGGGCCAUAGAUGCUGAGGCCGCAGUUGUAAGAGCUUCCCACGUGCCCACGAUCUGUCUGGGCACAGAAGAAGGAAGCAUUUCCAUUUACAAAAGCAGUCAGGGCUCCAAGAAAGUGAGACUUCAGCACUUUUUCACUCCCGACAAGUCCACGGUCAUGAGCUUGGCCUGCUCGCCACAGGGCCUGUACGCUGGCCUGGUCAACGGUUCAGUAGCCAGCUACACCAAAGCUCCAGAUGGAUCCUGGAACUCAGAACCUCAGCAAGUGAUCAAGUUGGGUGUCCUGCCUGUCAGAAGCCUAUUGCUGGUGGAUGGCUCACUGUGGGCAGCCUCUGGAGGGCAAGUGUUUGUAGCCAACCUGGAGACCCACACUAUAGAGAAUCAGCUGGAGGCCCACCAAGAUGAAGGGAUGGUCAUCUCCCACAUGGCUGUGGCUGGUGUUGGCAUUUGGAUCGCCUUCACCUCAGGGUCCACCCUUCGCCUCUUCCACACAGAAACCCUGAAGCACCUGCAGGAUGUCAACAUUGCUGCCCCAGUGCAUGGCAUGCUGCCAGGGCACCAGCGUCUGUCUGUGACCAGCCUGCUCGUCUGCCAUGGCUUGCUAAUGGUGGGUACCAGCCUGGGGGUUGUUGUAGCCCUGCCAGUUCCUCGUCUGCAAGGGAUCCCCAAAGUGACUGGAAGAGGCAUGGUCUCAUACCAUGCACACAAUGGGCCUGUGAGGUUCAUUGUCAUGGCCACAGCCUUGCAGAAGAGUGACAAGGACAGAGCUAGGGAGAGCCCACCUCCCGGCCCUGAGUCCCAGGAUGAAGACCCCAAAGACGCACUAUCUGGUGAAGGGGGCACAUCCUGUCCAAGUCAGGGUGACUCCAACACAGCCGUCUGGUUGGGGGACUCACUGGGACUGACAGCGCAGAAGAGUGACCUGUCUUCAUCAUCAGGGUCGCUGAACAUGUCCCAUGGCUCCAGCUCGCUAGAGCACAGGUCGGUGGACAGCAGCCUCUGUGACCUUCUGAAGGACCCCAGCGCCUCCUCAAGGAGCAGAGCUCAGCGCUGCAGGAGAGCUAAGGCCAGCUCGGCGCUGGUGGUGUGCGGGGGCCAGGGCCACCGGCGUGUGCACAGGAAGGCGAGGCAGCCACCCCAGGAAGACCUGGUGUCCUCUGUGAUGGUGUGGCAGAUCCCACUGCUGAGCUCAUAGCCAGAGGCCUCCCCCAAUGUUGGGAUGGCAGACAGGCAUCAUGCUCAGCAGGGUGUGGGCUGAGUGGCCGGGGCUGUGUCCAUGUUGUUUGGACUAACUGAAAAUAGAGAUUGGGGAUGAAAGGCAUAGUAUUCUGCCCAGCUUUCCUGUCGGACCAUCCCUGCCCAGCCACAGCCAGAGAUACUAAGGAAGCAGAGGAAGGUUGCAGCUCUUGAGUCAUGGAGCGAAGUCCAGUGAUGAUGCCACUCUGUUCUGUCGCCCCCCCCCCGCCCACAAAAUUCAAAGCACGCUGUCUCAUCAGCUCAAUACCAUGUCUUCCUAGGGAAUUGAUGGGGAAAUGUAGCAUCCAGUAGGGUAGGAGGUUAUUAACAGUUCUUAAAAUCAUUUUACUUGACUCAGAUUCACUGCUGUUAUUUAUAUCCUGUACUUUUUAAUUCCAGAGUAAGAUUCAUAACAGCUUAGGAAGCCAGGUCACACAUCCCAUUCAGGGUGGUUUGUUUGGAAGUGAGCCAGGCUUUCCAAAGUGGUCUGAUGUAUGUACUGUACACUUAACAAAUAACAUGUUUAUAUUGCAUUUUAAUUAAAGUUAAUGGCUAUAAUUAA